UUUUUUUUGCACACAGAAGCUCUCGGCCGGGCGCGCAGCGGCGGCGGAACUAUAUCACGCAGCGUCGCUUAUCACGUUUCUCAAAGGAAAGCCCACACGAGUCAUCACCAAUUCUAAAAUCGAUUGGGCAAUAUAAAAGAAGAAAUAUGUUUUGGGGUUUGUCUAUAGAGGGCGGUAAACAUUAUUCCCAAAUAGUGAAUGAAACUUUCAAUGUCACAAUGGCUGCUCUUGAGACGAGAGAAUUUUCCGGUGUUGAUUCCAAACCAACAGGCUUAGCUCAGGUGAUGGUGAGACAUGAUCGCACAGAGUUCCUCCUGUGCUCUUUACAACAUGGCCACCUUCACCAACAACCCCUUAACCUUUGCUUCUCUGAAGGUGAAGAGGUCACUUUUUUCAUGGAAGGAAAAGGUAUGGUGCAUUUAAGUGGGUACCUUAGGCCAUCCUUCAGUAUGGAUGAUGGCGAUCUGGAUUACCCAUCAAUGUCAGAAUCGGACUCUGAAGAAAGCCUUGGAAAUACAUCAGAUGAUGUACACACCCCACCUAUGUUCUACUCAAGAAUGCGAGGGAGAAAUUUAUACCAUAAACCAAAACGGAAACGCCCAGGUUGGCGGGUUACGGAAAGCGGUAAAGAUAUCGGUCGACAGGAGAAUGCAACCAAAGAUAGGCAUCCAAGAUCACAAAACAGAAGCAUAAUGCACGGAAAUGUAGAAAGACAGUGGCGUAAACGAAGGCGGCACAAGAAAAGGAGAAUGGAUGAUGGAAGAAAAGGAGGUGGACAGAGCUCAGAAAAGGAAAGAGUAUCAGAAACACCAGAAGAAAGGAAUUUAUCUCAAAGAAUGGCCAAAGAGAGAUCCAAUGAAAUGCAAUCAGAUCCUAGUAGAGUAAUAAGUACACAAAAGAACACUGAAAUAUCUAGCACUUUGCCAAGUGAAUCAUUUACAAGGACUAAUAAUAUGCCUGCCAAUGUCCACCACCAUGUGGAUCCGUCCAGGAUGGCAGCCAUGAACAUUAGCAAUUUUUCUACUGCCAUAGAGACACACAUACGCCAGGUUUACCCACCAGUCUCAAACAUCCGUGGUAGCAUACAUGGUCCUUCACCUUUGUUACUGCAGUCACAGAAAGCUCAUGCCCACCCAAUGCAGUCUGUCCCUAAUGAAAGUAGUUUAAGACAUAGUAGUAGUCAAAGUAGAAUACCAAGUAAUCACAGCUUACCCCCAAGUGUGCACACUCAGGCGCAUCCAUUAACCACAAGUACCGGGGAAUCGAGUAGUCCGGUUAUUGUCUCGUCCAAAUCACUGCAAGUGAUGACUGUGGAUGCACCAUCAGAGAGUAUGGAAACUGUUACACCACAAAUUGUAUCAACUCAGUCGUUGGCACCUCGGACGGGCCUUACCCCAACAGACGGGAGCCCAUCACCUCACCAGGGACAAGACGACAGUGCCUCACAGGAGAGGAAUUGGAGGGACUUCCAAGCUAGGCUUGCAGAUGAGGCCAGGAAGAGUCUCUCGGCGAGAGCUGAAAGUGAAGGGGCUGUUGAAGUUGUGGAAAUUCCUGCAGAUGCAGAAAGUGACCAAUCAGUAAAGCAAGAAUCAUUACCAAUGGACAUAAAUCAACCAGGCCCUAGUCGUGACGUACCUAUGCCAAUCAUCCCCGAUGCUGUAGGGGUUGGGGGCGUGCUUAAGUACAAUAAUGAGGGACUUCCAUGUUAUUUUGACCUAACCUCUGGGCCUGAUGUCGAUACAGUGCGUUUAGCUGAAGGUUACAAUGUAUUUAUCAGCAAACGUAGGUUGGGUGACAUCGAACAGGCCUCACGAGAAUGUUCUCGAAAUCCUUGGUCAUUAUGCAUACGUCGUCUAUUGGAUGCAUUUUUUGAUCGUGAAACGCUUGCUAUGGGUAAAGCGACUGAUCAUGGGCAUUCCAAAAAUCCUAAUCGUCAACCACUUAACCAGGAAAUCAUCCAAGCGAUUAAAGCUUAUACUCGCCAAACCCACAACGUCCUAGACUCCAAACAGAACUUAAGAAUCAAAGAAUACAUAUUCACGUGUCGCCGAAGCCUUAAUACCAUCACCAAGAGAGAAGAAUUGGAAAGUAUUAGCGCUGGACUGGUGCCUGAGGCUGGGCCUCUCUGGGAAGAUUCGGCUUGCACUGGUCAACAAAUUUCACCCCGGCACUGCAACAGUCAACAAGGUGUAAAGCAAGAACCCAACUUUCUUGAUGACUUUUAUCAACUAUUUAAAGAAACAGAAUGAAAUGGAGCACAUAUCAAGCAUUUUGUAUUAGAUUUAAGCCUUGAAAUUAAUGUUUCUGCUCUGGGUAGGAAGAGGGAGACAUUGUUUCUGUCCUAGGGAGAGAAAUAGUUGUUUUGGCUCUUAGGUAGAAGAGAGAAGUUGUUUUUUUCUAUGAGAAGCUCUGGGUUGGGUAUCUUGAUAGGAAAGUGCUUCUUUUGGGAUGAGGAGAAGUUGUGAAUCACUUUUGGGUAGGAUGGGUUCCAUGUUGUUUUCAGUAAAAUUUUAGCUUUUUUUAGCUGUUCUCAGAAUUUUUGAUGAAUUUGGAGCAUUUUUUUUCAUUAAUCUUUUGUCUGUUCUUGCAUAUGUAUUAGGAAUCCAGCAACAAUAUGGUGCCAUUCAUAUAAAUUCUGCAGUGGGUGCACCUGACUUGUACACCUUUUAUGAAAUUUUGUUUUGAAUGGAAUGUAUUUCUGUACUUGUAACUUGACAGAAAUAUGGGGGUGAUUUUUUUUCUAAAAAAAAAUGUGUAAUUUUUUGUGAGAGAUAGAUUGCCAAAAUAUGGAUGGGAAUACUAUUGUAGGAUGUGCAUUGAUGCGUUGGUAGUCUUUAUUAUAAGAACUGUUCUAUAGACAAUGGUUUGAACUCGUUUGAAUACAAUUGACCUUGUGACCUCCUGAGUCUCUCAGCAGUAUUAUAUUUACUAGAUAAUUUAUUCAUUUUCACUUUAAUACUGUAAGAGUCUUAUUAUUUUUAUAUCAAAAUAGUUUUUAUGUAAAGCACCUAAGAAAAUCCCUUGUUUCAAUUUGCUUGUUUUCUCUAACUAUAAAUAUUAGGGUUCCUUGCUGUAUCGUAAUUAAUUAAUUAAUAUUUAAAUUUAUAAUUUCAAACAUGGAAUACAUGCAUGACACCAAUUUUGUCGUUUUAAUAAAACAGUUACUCGAUGAUAAAUUAGAAAUAAACAACUCUGGAGUAAUGUGUUUCAAGGUAACGAUCAAAAUGUUGUGUAAAAUUGCAUUAUAGAACAAACAGCAUGUGAUAUGCAAACUGAAACUCUUCUCCAGUAGUGUAUGGCAUACAGGCCCAUAGCCAGGUUCUUCCAAGAGGUAAUUCUCUCUGUUCCUGGGGUCAAGGGUCGAAGCCCCAGUGGGGUCGGCGAACCCCAAAGCUAGAGGAUUUUUGGGUUUUAUGGGUCUAUGCUAUAAAAGCAGAUAUGUUUGAAAACGUGUUGAGUCUGGGUGACUGGGUGAGUCUGCAGCGCAUUUGUUGGGUUUGAGGACUUGUUCAGGAAAUUUGGGGGGGGGGAGUUUCGGAGAAAAAAGGGGGUUUGCUAGAAAAGGGGGUUCUCCCGAACCAUAAAAACCCCCACUGGAUACGAACCUGGCAUACAUUAUGAAUCAAACCUAGGCCUGGCAUGGUUGUGAUACUUGGCACAAUUAUUCUAGAAACAACAAUAAAUGAUAUAUGAGAUCCAUUUAUGCAGUAGGCAUUAUAUUUUAUGACAAUAUUGCUACAAUAUUUGGUUGGUAUGAAUUCUUGCAUAUUAGUAUUAUGCUUAUUGAUGUAAUAUUGCAAGUCACUCUAAAAUGGUGCUGUGUUCAAACUAAGUACUGUAUUUACAAACAGUGUAGUAUCUGCUUGUUUCUUGUACUGUACUUCCUUAGUCAUCAUUAUUUAUUUUGAGGAAGUGCUUAGGUCUAAUUUGACUUCAGUGCACAUUAUUUAGCUGUGACAUUUCCAGUAGACUUAGUAAACAAUAUUUAGCUGUGACCUUUCCAGUAGACUUAGUACACAUUAUUUAGCUGUGACCUUUCCUGGUCUUGUUCUCC